UUCUCAACCAGUGGCGAGAGAACUGAAGUUGAGACAGGCAGUCUGGAGUAAGUCUGACCCACGAUGGAUUCAAUACAUCGUUGUUUCGUGUUAAUACUCCUGUUCUUUGGGACUACGAUUCAUGAAAAUGAUGCUCUGGAGUGUUACUGCCAGCGGUGCCAGAGCGCCAACUCGUCAUGCUCCACGACCGGCCUGUGCUUUGUGGCGGUCAUGAAGUCUGGCAGCCAGAUCACCACAGAUGGGCACAUGUGCGUGCACGACAGCGAGCUGAUACCCCGCGACCGCCCGUUCAUCUGUGCCCCCUCCGUCAAGGACGACAACGGCAUCUUCCCCAUGUGUUGCGCUACCGACUGGUGCAACAAGAACCCUGACCUCCGUGACAUCCCAGUGACGACAGUUAAGCCGGUGCCCCUGGGACCCGUGGCGCUGGCGGCGGUGAUCGCUGGACCCGUGUGCGUGCUGUGCUUCGUCCUGGUGCUGGUCUUUUACAUCUGCCACAGCCGAGCAGGGGUGCACCACCGCGUCCCCAAUGAAGAAGACCCCUCGCUGGACCACCCCUUCCUGACCGUUGGGACAACCCUCAAAGACCUCAUCUACGACAUGACCACCUCUGGCUCCGGCUCUGGUCUGCCCCUGCUGGUGCAGAGGACCAUCGCUCGAACCAUCAUCCUCCAGGAGAGCAUCGGGAAGGGCCGCUUUGGUGAGGUGUGGCGGGGGAAAUGGCGCGGAGAGGAGGUGGCGGUCAAGAUCUUCUCCUCCCGCGAGGAGCGCUCGUGGUUCCGUGAGGCAGAGAUCUACCAGACUGUCAUGCUGCGGCAUGAGAACAUCCUGGGCUUCAUCGCCGCUGACAACAAAGAUAACGGGACAUGGACUCAGCUGUGGCUGGUGUCAGACUACCACGAGCACGGCUCUCUGUUUGACUACCUGAACCGGUACACCGUCACCGUGGAGGGCAUGAUCAAGCUGUCCCUGUCCACAGCCAGCGGCCUGGCACACCUGCACAUGGAGAUCGUUGGCACACAAGGGAAGCCGGCCAUCGCCCACAGGGACCUGAAAUCCAAGAACAUCCUGGUGAAGAAGAACGGGACAUGCUGCAUAGCCGACCUGGGACUGGCCGUGCGCCACGACUCGGCCACAGACACCAUCGACAUCGCCCCUAACCACCGAGUGGGGACCAAAAGAUACAUGGCACCAGAGGUGCUUGACGACUCGAUAAACAUGAAGCAUUUUGAGUCAUUUAAGAGAGCAGAUAUCUACGCCAUGGGUUUGGUGUUCUGGGAAAUAUCCAGUAGGUGCUCCCUGGCAGGCAUUGUUGAAGACUACCAGUUACCGUACCAUGAUCUGGUGCAGUCAGACCCAGCUGUGGAGGAGAUGAGGAGGGUGGUGUGUGACCAGAAACUAAGGCCCAACAUACCAAACCGGUGGCAGAGCUGUGAGGCUCUGCGGGUGAUGGCCAAGAUAAUGAGGGAGUGCUGGUACGCCAAUGGAGCCGCCCGUCUCACAGCGCUACGAAUCAAGAAGACCCUGUCCCAACUCAGCCAAUCAGAGGGAAUCAAGAUGUAGCCCCCCCACCUCAAUCUUCUCUCAUUCAUAAUAUUAUUAUUUCAUUAUUACCACCAUUAGUUCUCCCUCCACGCCGGCCCUCCUCUUGGUUGAAGAGGGGAGGCGACAUGGCAGGGUAGAGUCUGAUAAGCCCUUCCUAAACGCUGACAUCCCGUUCAUUGUUGUCCUGCCGACUGUGGAUCUAUUUUUUUGUCUCACGGACGAUGGAUCUGAUUGGGGGAGGGGUCGUAGUUUAAGGGUUAGGGGGAGUGAGGUGUCUGGGCCGGGUGAUGAUUCCGCCUCCAACCUGCCUCUACCACCACAAACCCAUGCCCGUGUAAUCCUCACCCCGUGCCCUGGCGCUCGGUGGGAUCACCGCCUUCUGUGUUUGUUGAGAAACCUGUCGGGGCGAUUACAGACAGUCGUAGUCCUGCCCUGCAGCGGCUUCAGCGGAAACAUCGUCGUAUUCAAAGGAGAUGCCAUCCAGAAAUCCACUCAUCUGAAAACAGGUUUCAUGACUGCUGUUCUUAAUAUUCAGAUGAAGAUUCCAUUCAGACCACGUGUCACUUGGUGUGAUGGCUUUGACCCAACGAGAACUGGCCUUGAAAAGAAACGGGACAACCUGUAGUUUAUUUUUGACCAUCCGGUACUUAAAACAAACUUUUUGAUUUUAUUAGCUCUGGGUUUUACCAUGGAGAGAUGCUGGUGUUCCCUGUACUCAUCUCUCCACAACCUUGUUUGUGUCUCUCUCUCUCUCUCUUCUACUGGGGGCUCCAGGUCAGUUUAACUUAUUUGUUUAGAAUUGGUUUUGUUUAUACACAAACUGGACAUGACCUCAUUUAGUCUUGGCGAACAUGCUAUGACAUAUGCAAUAUAGAUCAAAUAUACUCUGCUCUGCUACAACAACACCAACAACAGCUUGAUAGUCGCCACCAUGCCUUCCAAGCCAGGACAUAACCGGAAAGUGCCACUGCUUUAAACCACCUCCUCUUCCCCUGUCACGUACAUUAUUGUCUGCCCGUCUGUCUGUGUCUGUGCCCGUCUGUCUGUGCCUGUCUGUGCAAACUUGUGUUUGUGUUGAUCAAACAGGAAUCUGUCUGUCUCGCUGUCUGUCGUUCUUCAUGGAAGCCCUUCCAGAGCUGCAGGUAGGGCUCCUCUUCCUAUGCACAUCUAAAGACACGUGACCUCGCCAAGCAGAGGGAGUCACAACAUCCGUUAAAUGGUGCCAUCUACCUAUUUCCGCUCUACCCUCCAAUCAAAUCAUCAAAUAGGGAUAUCUCUCGCCUCUCUGUCUUUUUUCUAUCUCUUUCCACUCUUUACCAGAGAGAUCUCAUUCCUCUGAAAGCUAACAAUCAGUCUAAGCUAAGUAUCAGUCUAAUUGUGGGGUUAGUGCCCACAGAACUACACUAAGGUCAUCUUUAAAGGGGAUUUAAGGAAAUAGAGAAAAAACACAUUACUUAUUACCCUGUAAAAAUGCAUGGGUUUUUGGGGGGGAGGGGUCAAAGCCUGUGACAACACAUUCAUUAUUUUUAAUGUCUCUAAAAAAAACAAGGUGAGGUAGAUUUAUUUAAAUAUAGCAAACGGAUAUUUAAUAAGCCAUAGGUUUUCCAACAUUUUUUGUGGCUACUUUUUCUACUACUAGAAGAAUGUACCUUUACAAAGAAAAAAAAAAGAAUCUGUAACUUUGUGAACUGCUUGAUAUUUCAGCUUAGCAAGCCUUAUGGGACCAAUGGAGAGUCAUUGUUGCUCUUGUUUUGUAAAAAGUAAUAUCAUAAAUAAUGACACUUAUAAACUAUUGUCAUAAUUCAUUAUGAAGUCGAAAAGUAAAUGUAGCAGGAGACGUAACUAUUUGUUUUUGUUUGUAAUCAUAAGGUAUCCUAUUACUACACACCUAAACUUGCAAGCAGCAUUUUUACAUAAAUUUGGAUUGUGCUCGUCUAAAUGUCCUUGCAGUUUCUUGCUCUAUUUCAGCAUACUAAGCAAAAUCACAUAUUGCAGCAUGCUUUUUAAAACAAGAUAAAAAAAAAAAGCAAUUCACUAACAAAAGACAGAAUCCAAAAUAUAUGAUUGUUUUGCAAUAAGUGCACUUCUGACCUAACUGCACAUUUACCUGGGUGGCAGCAUGGUUGUUUGUUUUCGUUAGAUUUUUCCUUUGGAUUUGUCUUGAGCAGUCUGAUUUCUGGGUACAUUUUAUUUAUCUGUUUGCCACAGUGCUGCUACAAAAUGUCUGUCUCUGUUCUGAAAUCAAGAGGCCAGUGACACUCAGUGGACAAGAGCCCUGAUUGGAUGUACAGAACAUAUCCCUUAUGCCAUGUAUUUGAUCUGUGCCAUGAGGCCCUUAGUGGUCUGCUACACAUGAUUACUCAUCACUGGUGUUCCCCAAGGAUGUGUGCUGGGAACUUUGCAUCUUUCUGUUUUAUGCAUCAGGUCAUCUAGAAUGCAGGUGUCCUUUAGAGGAAUACUUAUGUAGCCCUUUUCAACGUUCAUUUCUCAUUAUUGGGUAGGUGUAGUUCAGGACAGGGGGAGUGCUGUUACACUGUGUUGAACAGUAUGCAAACCAGCCCCUCCCAUAUUGAUCCAUUGGCUGAUUGAAUGCUGUGCCCAUAGAAAUGCAACAAGGUCUCAUCUGUAGCUGUGCCACUAGGGUGCUUGUGCCAGCAUGAGCAGCCUCAUUGAAGACACUGUAUCUCCCAUUUAAUGUAGUACAUUUUCUUCAGGAUAAGGCUCAUCAGCUGGAGCUGGAUAUACCACCCAGUUGACUGAUCUAAAGUAAUGGAAGCCCUCUGCCAAUAUUCAUGCAAGAACAGGUAUGUGACAGAUCUCCAUAUCUCUAGCUGUGCCAUAAAGGGGUAUGAAUGAUUUUCGCUACGUUGUAAAAUGUUACUCAGUGUUUCUUCUGUAUCAGGUUGAAGGCUCCGUCUUGCAUAGUUGAUCUGCAGGGGUAGUUUUUUUGGGGGAGAAGUGAAAACGAUCCUAAAUAUUUAGCUGUUACACAUGUUUAACAGGAAAGGUAAUACUUAUUAUUUAAAGCUGAAAUAAGAAAUGCGUUCAUGCUGAACCAUGCUUUGUUUCACACGCACUCAUGCCAUAUUUGGCCUGCGUGGGUGGUGUUGCGCCACGGUCAACUCCAUUGUCUGGGACAUAACACUUAGCAACGGUUCAGCUGAUGUCUAAACUAUGCCUCUGUCGCCAACACUGGGCUUACGUUCAUUCUGUGUCCGACAACAUUUUCGUCUUGAUCACCAGCAGCCUUUCUUUUUGUUUCCAAAAGGUGACUACUACUUACAGUAACUGUAUAAAAAAUAAAAAUAACACAAAACAUCAUACAUCCAGGUAUUUCUCUGUCUCAGCGACAUGCAGGAAAUGUUUGUUUUUUCUGGCCGCAGGGACCGCAUCAAACCAGCCACGGGUUAAUAGACGGGACAGAAAGUAUUUCGCUAUAAUGGGGCGACAGUGGAUUUGUGAGAAGGGGGGUUUUGAGUGAAAAUUGUGUGUUGUAGGUCUCCUGUAGAGCACAGGGGUCUCAACAUGCUACCAGUGUCCUUUUCAUUGUCUGUGCCUCUAUCUGCUCAUCCCGUUCCACCCAGGUACUCUAGCCACAAAGUCCCAGGCUAAAAACGUGGAAAGGGCUAUGCAGACUUUAUUGUUCCGUACAAACCAAAAUUCAACUUCUACGUCGGUUAGAAUUAGGUCUAGUUUCAGUGCCAAAUUGAAGGGGUCAGUUAAGGUUAGGGUGAGGUCAAAGGGUAGAUUUAGAUGUUGGCCAGUCUGUUUUUCCUGUUGGAAUCGUCUGUAUAGUCCUUCCCAGCCGACAUCUAUGUUUUAUUCCAGUUCCAAGGAUGGUGAUGGUGUCAGAGAAAGAGGGUGGGUUGUUAGCUGGACAAGCCCUUCUGUGACCUAAACCCAACUACAGUAUGAUCUGGGGAUUAUAUGCCGGCAGGGAAAUGGGUCGGUACAUGUCACAGGAAAGGCAGUCUAUUCAAUGAGAAACAAACCUUUGUUGCACAAAGGAAGGAACAACCUAAAUUGACCAGUGUCAGAUUUGGCUAUUUGGAUGAUAUGCUAACAAUACCAGCUAUGUCAAUUUUAUGAAACUUUUUCAGCACCAAAAUAAAUCAGAUGUGAUUGUAUAAACCUCAGCCCACCACACUCCCAUCAUCCUCCAGAUGGACCAUAACACCCGUUGCAUAAUCUUUGCAUACACAAAAUGCGUAAUUUAUGCACGUAAAACCGGCACCACAUGGGUGUUUCUUCAAGUUAUGCAAGUUCUUGAUCAAUGUGGUUGCCAUUUUCCACCCCUGUCAUGUUUGAUCAUACUUUUAAAUGAUCUUUCUGUCUAUGCUAAUGUCCAGACACUGUGAAGAACAUCUAAACACCUUGUUUUGGGGGGGACAGUGGCCGGAUGUGUCACAAAGAGUUGGCAUUAUAAAUAUAAGCAUAUUUGAAGAGUGACGUUUAAUGUCAAAAUGAAUAAAAGCAAUGGUUUGGGUCACAAAAGGGUCCUGUUUGCUCAAAAACAGAAAUCCAGGCAAGGGGCUUUCUUUUGGUUCUAUGGUUACUGUUCUAAGGUCCUUAUGUAAAAGGUAGAAGAAAGCUUUAUUGUGUUUUAUUUCGUGCCUACUUUGGACUAGACUCUCCUUGUUUAGUUUCUCUUUUUUUCCCACCAAUGACAAGCUGCAUGUGAUUGUGUUCUAAUGUCUGCAACACUUGCUUUAUAAAUGAACUAUUAAAAGCUGAAAGAAAUGCUAAAAUUGUGUAAUUAACAGGAUAUAAAAAGUUAAUGAAAAUCUAAAAAACAUACCUCCUCUGAAGACCAAUGUGUUUUUACCUCAAUGUAUAUAUUUGAUUUGUUUAUUCAAGUUAGCUUUUUUCUUUUUUUUUCUUUUUUGGUUUCUAUGAAAAGCUAAAUUGAAGAAUACACAUUAUUUGUCAAUGGUACAUUUUUGUCAAUGGCAUUGUAUUCUGUUUGUGAUGUGCCCAAGCAGUAUAUUCCACUUUUUACCAUAAUCUGUAUUUUACUUAUUUAGUUUUGUCUUGAAAUGUAAAUGCUUUACCAAUGUCAAAACCUUAAUGUUUUCCAAGCCCUCUGAGCUGUGUUGAAAAAAAAGCCUUUUUUUUAAGUGGUCAAAAAGGAGGAAGCUGCAAAGCGAGACUUGGAGACACUCAACCAAUACAGAAUUGCCUGUGCCCCUGAUUUCUGAAGCAUACGGAUUUACUUUUUCUACAGUGUGUACAGAAGGAUGAAAGAUCAUAGGAAAGUAGUGGCUUGAAGCUCAUGUUAAGUUCUAACAUAGUUGGAAUAGAAAGUGGUGUGAAUAAAAAAAACUUUCUUUAA